AUGAAGCCUACAAAAGCGCUAUUGGCGCGGUCUGUAUGGAAAGGUCCCAACAUCGUCCCCCUCCCCAUCAUCAAGUCCAAACCCGGCGAGCGGACCCCCCCAAUCAAAACGCAAGCGCGCGCCGCGACCAUACUGCCCAACUUCGUCGGGCUCAAGUUCCAGGUGCACAACGGGAAGAUCUACCAUGACGUGACCAUCACGGAGGAGAUGGUGGGACAUAAGCUUGGGGAGUUUUCGCCGUGA